UCUUGGAAAAAAAGCACUUCUGUGUUUUUUCACGGAAACCCCCUCUCCAAGCUUACCUUAUUUGACCGCCAAAUCUCUUGCUCUCUCCCCCUCUCUCUUUCUCCCCUUUUUCUCUUUCUCUGCAGCUCCUUGUUUUGUGUGUUAUGAACAACACAAGCUCUAUAAGUGGCCCGUUCACAUCUGUGAGAAGCAGUUUAUAAGUGCUUUUUUCUCAAGCGUUGAAUAGAUCAAACAACUCGUGGGGUUUGAACCAAAGAAAAUAAAAAAGGGAAAGAAAACUCAAACGUUGAAUCCAGAAAACUUUCACCUACCUUUCCCUCUUCUGUCUAUCUUCCAAUUCCACAGCAACCAAAAAACCCAAAACUUUUUGGUUGCCCUGGAAUUCAAAGCGUUGGUCUUUUUCCAAAUUUUCCAUCUUCCAAGUUUCCAAUUCCGUCGUUUUGACACGUCUUCCAAGGGGACUAGUGGGAUUAGUUGUUUGUUGUUUGUUGUUUGAGGUAUAUAUAUUUAUAUAUAUAUAGCAGUCAGACUCAACUCAUAUCCCAUCCAAUUCCAUUCAAUAUCUCUUUGGAGUUUCGGAAUUUCAAAAGCACUUUUUAGGACUUCGUGAAAAUCCCAUUUCAGGUUAGGUGACGAUUUUGCGCCUUUCGACUUGAACUUGUUAGAUCUUAUGGGUUUAUCCCUCUCACUACUUGCCUCAGCCUGGGAAGAAAUUGUGAAGCACAGAUUCUUUCAAUUGACCUACAACAUCAGUAUAACUCCCAGAGAUGGAGGACCACAAGUUAUUCUAAGAACACACAGCUUCAAGAGUGAAUCCGAAUCCUUGGCAGUUAAUUCAGACAGUUCUAGCAAGUCGGGCACUACCAAUUCGAGUCGCUUGAGUGAAUGCAAACCCGAAAAAGUGAUGCUCGACAGGAAUCUUUCGUUUAAGGGUCUUGUUCAAGAUAAACAAGACAUGGAGUUAGAGUUCUGUAAAGGCAAAAAUGAAUUGAAGCACAAACCAAUGCCUGCACUUGCUCUCCCUGAACCGGUGAUUUUGUUUUCGCCAAGGCCGGUUAGCGAGCUUGAUGCUGCUGCUGUUAAGCUUCAGAAGGUUUACAAGAGUUACCGGACCCGAAGAAACCUUGCUGAUUGUGCUGUCGUGGUUGAGGAGCUAUGGUGGAAGGCAUUAGAUUUUGCAGCUCUGAAGAGGAGUUCUGUGUCAUUCUUCAACGUUGAGAAGCCGGAAACUGCUGUUUCGCGGUGGGCGAGGGCUAGGACUAGAGCAGCCAAGGUUGGAAAGGGUUUGUCCAAGGAUGAGAAGGCACAAAAAUUGGCUCUUCAACACUGGCUUGAAGCGGUAAGUUCUUGCGAAAACUCGACAACAUUUUAUCUGAACUUGAAAAAUUGAUGAUUUUUCGUGCUUAUUUAAACACAUUACGGGAUUCAUGAUCUAACAUUUAGAUGUUUCUUGAUAUUUAUGCAGAUUGAUCCACGACAUCGGUAUGGACACAAUUUACACUUUUACUAUGACAUCUGGUUUGAAAGUGAGAGCAGCCAACCUUUCUUCUACUGGUUGGAUGUCGGAGAUGGGAAAGAAAUAAACCUCGAGAAAUGCUGCAGGGCAGUUCUACAACGUCAAUGCAUCAAGUAUCUUGGACCGAUAGAAAGAGAAGCAUAUGAAGUAGUAGUCGAAAAUGGGAAGCUUUUAUACAGGCAGGGUGGGGUGCUUGUGAACACACAUGAAGGUUCCAAAUGGAUAUUUGUCCUCAGCACAACAAGGUCUCUGUAUGUUGGUCAGAAGAAGAAGGGUCAGUUCCAACACUCAAGUUUUCUAGCAGGUGGUGCCACCACUGCAGCCGGAAGAUUGGUUGCCCGUGACGGGAUUCUUGAGGCUAUUUGGCCAUACAGUGGUCAUUACCACCCAACAGAAGAGAACUUCAUGGAAUUUAUCAGCUUUUUAGAAGAUAAUCACGUCGACCUCUCCAAUGUCAAGAGGUGUGCAGUUGAUGAUGACUUCUCUUAUACGAAGACCACUGAAGGGGAAUCAACAAAGGAGGGUUCAAUCAAAUCUACCGAUCCGACGGUUGACAGUGCCAAUGCCAAGCCACCAGUUUUUGACAUGCCCAGGCGCUUGUCAUGCAAAUGGACAACAGCAACCGGACCCCGAAUCGGGUGUGUUCGGGACUACCCGACCGAACUACAAUCCAGGGCACUUGAACAAGUUAACCUAUCUCCUAGAGUCGGUCCUGGGCCGUCAGUACGUUAUGGCCCAAUUCCUUCUCCAAGGCCUAGCCCAAAGAUCAGGCUCUCACCCCGGCUCGCAUAUAUGGGCCUCCCUAGCCCAAGGACCCCAAUCGCCGCUGCCAAUUAAGCUAGCCGAAGGGCACAUUAGGUUCGUGGGCUGGAGUUAGUUACAGUAGGUUAAUAAUGGGCCAAAGAAGCCGUACCUGGUGGGUAGUCAUCUGCCGGAAGCAUGGUGGGCCUUUUGCUGAGUUCAAUAAGGAUGAGUUAAGGGGACUAACCCAAUUUUUUCGUUCCUUUGAUUCUUUCAUCAAGUUUAUUUUGAUCUAGGUCAUUUAAUUUUUUGUAUAUGCCUUGACUAAUCCAAAUUGCAUUUUUUUUUCUUUCAAUUUUGUACCGAUUUAACUCAUGUAAUUUUGGGUCGGGUCGGGUUCAAUUUAUUCAUUUGUAUACCGGAAGUUGAGGCCAGUGAAUGAUACAAUUAUAUUCAAAAGUUCA